GCACAUCUGGAAGGCACAGGGCUGGAGAUGGCUGGUAUGUGGCUAGUUAAAUUCUGCUCAGGAACGACAUUUGGAAUCCUGGUCCUGGGAAAAGAGUCCGGGGGGAAUAUGUCAAUUCAGGUACGGCAUUGGAUGUAAACAGAGCAACUGCUGGUCUUGGUAAUCGGAUCUGUUGGGCCUUAUCCCUGCUGCUCUGUCAUGAUACUAUCAGGCUAGUAGUCCCAAUACUUGCAUAUGACUCACCAUAUUAGUUUCUGAAGAAAGUGGGAGAGAAAGCGUCGUUCUGCUUGGCCAUUUCUCUUUGGAGUAUCUGGUUCGCCAACAUGAAUGCUGGAGUGGAUUGGCCUUUAAUCUGGACUCUUCUCGCGCUCCCCCCCGCCACUCGAUGCUAUGUAUAUUCCAGGUUCCCAAGUGUUUCAAGUCGCUUGUCAAUCAACCCUUGAAGCCUGCACAGCCUAUUGCCCAAGAAUGCAUGUCUGUUUAGAAACAGCUCCUAAAUACUGUGUGACUUUGUCUUUGCAUUUAGAUUUGUUGACUUUGGACUGGGAGCAAGGGAAUUAUGAUUUCUCUUCUGCAUGAAUUCAAGAUGUCUUAAGGUCACAGUGACAAGACUUAGUCUAACGCAGAGGCAGAGAGCUGAAUCCUACAUCAUAGGAUUAUGAAGACAGAAACCACAAAUACCAUCCCUAAAUCUCUUGGGAUUAAAAACUAUAUUAAAACAAAUCUCUUACUGUCUAUUUGCACUACUGUAUAAAGAUCAUAACAGUGGCCUCGUACGAUAAUGAAUACGAUGUCUUUUCAAUACUAGAAAUAUACUUUUAAAUGGAAAUCACUCCAGCUGGUAGCAAACUCAAGUACAGAGUAUCAAUGAGAUCUUUGGAGCAAAAAUGAAGAAAGUUGUUUUAGAAUCCUAGUAUUAUCCUCCUUUAAAAUAGAAGAAACUGUCUUUGAUUUCAUUUCUCUUUAAUCUCACCAGAAUGUCUUUAAUGUUUCCUAUACUUGUUCAGACAUACUGACUGUAGCAUUUUCAUUUUGCCUGUAAAAUCCAUGUAAUUUCUUUUUAGCCCUAUUAAAUCUCAUAGGUUUGUAUUCUGUUUUUUAGCCCAGUUAAUUCUGUUCCUUUUCUGUUGUUUAGUGUCAAGGUUAUGAAAUACUCCAGUAGCACCUUCUCUUGUCUUUUGAAGGAGGAGAAACUUUAAUAAAGGAUUUCCCAGCUUGCUGCUCUCUUGGUAUCGGGCAGUGGAGAAAGAGACAGCCGCUUCUGCUAAGGCAGACAAAACCCUCUCUGAGUCUGUGAAGAUCCAACUCCACAUGGAGACCUUUCCGGAAGAGGAUGAAAAUGCCAGCUUGCUGGGCAACGGGGAAGAGAGAGAGCCCGAAGUGGAAACCUGUUGGAUGGCGAGGCCUGACUACAUGGAAUUCAAUGGGGAUUUGCUGGAGGAAAAUAUGUAUGAGUUUUCUGAGAUAUCUAUGGUCGAGGAGGGGAGUCAUUCAGAAGAAGCAGUGGAAGAAGCUUCUUUUUGUGCAGAAGGCCCAGACUGCGCCAGCAACAUCCCAGACUCCUUUAACGCCCUGAACGACCAGAAAGCCACAGUUAGAGAGAAGCCCUAUAAGUGCUCCUUCUGUGGGGAAAGUUUCAAGCAGCGUUCCUACCUGGUCAAACACGAGAGGACCCACACAGGAGAAAAACCCUACAAGUGCUCGGUGUGCGGAAAGAGUUUCAGCCAGAGUUCUCACAUCAUUACGCACGAGAGGACUCACACGGGAGAGAAACCCUACCAGUGUUCGGACUGCGGGAAGAGCUUCAACCGCAAAGCGAACCUCCUGGCGCACGAGAGGACCCACACGGGGGAGAAACCCUACGCGUGUUCAGACUGCGGCAAAUGCUUCAGCCAGAGCUCGUGGCUGAUGGCUCAUAAAAUAAUCCACACCGGGGAAAAACCGUUUAAGUGUUUGGUCUGCGGAAAGCGUUUCAAUAACCGUUCGAGUCUUAUUAAACACAAGAGAUCCCACUCGGAAGAGAAGCCGUAUAUUUGCUCGGACUGUGGGAAGUCCUUCAAGGAGAGCUCUAAGCUUAUUAAACACCAAAGAAUCCACACGGGCGAGAAACCGUACAGAUGCCCGCUGUGCGGCAAAGGGUUCUGCUUUAAGUCCAGCCUGAGCCAACACGAGCGAACGCACACAGGAGAGAAGCCCUAUGAGUGCUGUGUUUGUGGGAAAACCUUCCGGCAGAAGUCGCACCUCAUCAGGCAUGAGAAGAUGCACAUGGGAGAUAAAUCGUACAACUGUUGAGACUGCCGCAAAGCCAUCAGCUGGGGCUCAGGUGUCACAGGAUACAUGUGCUCCCUACAGGAAGAGAUACAGCUAGCAUUCUGCCAGCCCCCGUAGUCUCAGAAGAAAGGAAGAAAAGCAAAAGAGGAAUCGGGAAUGCAGUUUUCUGCGGAAGGACAGUGAGCUCUGUUCUGAUCUGGGACUUGAAACAAAUUCAUUUAAAUCUGCUUUGUAAAUCUUUUGCAAUUUGUUUUUUCUAAUAAAAAAACCAAAGUAGAUCUCCCAAACUUAGUCUGUCCAUCCUU